GGCUUUUAUGAUAAAUGCAUAUCGGAAAUGCAUCCAAUCUCCGGUACAUUAUAGAAAGAGCCAGAAGGUGCAGCUGUUAAACCAACAAGCUCAUACCUUCAAGUAAAUAAUCUCUCUCUCUCUCUCUCGGAAAUUUUGGUGUAGUGGAUGCUAUUUUGUUCAAAACCCAGUUGUCGGUUUCUCUGUAAAGUUAAUGGUGCUGUUAGAUCUGUAUAUCUAAUGUUUAUGAAAUCUUGAAAUUGGGUUGUGCUGUUUUUUUGUAUACUAUUGAAAUAAGGGCUGCUUAUAAUAUAAAAGGGCUUGAUUUACAUUUCAAAAAGGGUGAUUUUCAGUUUGAAGCAAGAGCUGUAUCUUAUGUGUUUAUUGUUGAAAUGGGGAAGCCAUUAGUAUUUGAGAUUUUGGAGAAACCUGCUACAAGUUGUAUUAUAGGAUUAUGUAGUGCAAUUUGGUAUUAUAUUCAGAAGAAAAAUAUUGGGUAUGCUCAUGUGGGUCUAAGUUAUGAAACUGCCAUUGAGGGGCAUUAUUGGAGGAUUAUAACUUCUGCGUUUUCGCAUAUUAGUGUUAUUCAUCUUGUGUUUAAUAUGAGUGCUCUUUGGAGUCUUGGUGUUGUAGAGAGUUUGGAGCAUAUGGGUUUAGGGUUUGAAUUUUAUCUGCAGUAUACACUUGUAUUGGUGCUUUUAUCGGGCUUGUUGGUUUUAGGAUCAUACCAUAUUCUGAUUAAUAAGUUUAAGUUGGAGUAUUUCCGGAGGGUGACUGCUGUUGGUUAUUCUUGUGUGGUUUUCGGUUGGAUGACUAUUUUGUCGGUAAAGCAGCCGUCAUCAAAAUUGAAUCUUUUUGGCUUCCUUUCUCUUCCAAUCAGUUUUGCGCCAUUUGAGUCUCUCAUAUUUACUUCAAUAAUUGUUCCUCAAGCGAGUUUUCUUGGACACUUGUCAGGAAUAUUAGUCGGGUACUCUAUUGCUUGGGGUUUGAUUCACGGGAUGAAUAAUUAUUGGGCAAUUUCUAUCUUGGGGUGGACUGCACUAGUGUUUGUCCUGAGCCUGAAAAAGUCGGGCACAUUUGAACUCGACUUUCUUGAGAUUGAAUCGGUUACAGAUCCUUCAGUGCGAUUUCUUGCUGCAGGAAAUGGGAGGACAUUACGAAUGAGUGCAUCAAACGCUGCUGAUUCUGAGAUCGUCUAGCUUCUGGGAGCAUCCCUUGGUAUUGGAUAUAGAAUGAAGAAUUUUGGUGCUCUUUGUAUUCAUUUUGGGGGGCAGUUUAUCUCAUCUGGCAAGAAAGGAACAGAAGGCUUUUCAUGGUGGGUUGCUAAAUAAUAGGUGAGGUGGCGACUGAAAUCAAUGGGGGCUGUUGGUGAAAGAUUUUCAACAAGCAAACAAGUGCAGACAUCAAAGAACAUAGGAGGGAUCCUUACUCUGUUUUAACCUGGUAUCGAAUCUCCAGUGUAAAUCAGUUACGGUUUUUCAUGUUAUAUUUAUGUUUUAGGUAGAAUGUAUAUCUCCUGCUCUGGCUCUCUUAAAUGCAGUCUUGCAUUCCACGCAUGUCGGUUGAUUAGUUAGGUUCGGAUGGAUCUAAGUUCAUAUUCAUAUUUAUUCUAUCGGCCAAGACUUGCAAUC